UGAAAUGUUAAAAAGCAUCCCCGUUUCGCCGGUUUGCAAGCUGAAAAGCUAGCAAGCAAGCUUCUCACUCUUUGUCACUGGUACUGGCACCGAACACCGCUUCCUUCCUUAGAUCUACUCCCAUUUCCCAUUUCUCAUCUCCAAAUCUCUCCCGAUCACUGGAUCUCUCAUCUUCCCCCAUUGUCGCCGCUUCAUUGAACCCAUGAUGGUUCUCCGUUCGAGCUCCCGGCCUUCGGUUCUGAGCGUGAUGUCCGUUCUCGGUUUCUCCUCGUUUCUCUUGUUGUUGCUUUUCGUUUGGGGGUCGGAAUCGUUGACGCUGUCGUCGAGGUUGGUUCAUCGGUUCUCCGACGAGGUGGCGGUGGCGGCCGUGAAGGGAACAGAGGCGCCGCCACCGAGGAGGAGUUUGGAGUUCUAUGAAGUUCUGGUGAAGAGUGACCUCGCCCGGCGGAACCGGCGGUUUGGUGGGUCGAACUUCUCGAUGUUGUUCCCAUCCGAGGGCAGCGAGACGAUGUCGCUUGGGAACGAUUUCGGAUGGCUGCAUUACACAUGGAUCGACUUGGGGACACCCAAAGUUUCUUUUCUUGUUGCUCUAGAUGCGGGGAGUGAUCUGUUGUGGGUACCAUGCGAUUGCAUACAGUGUGCUCCUUUAUCUGGAUAUCAGGGUAGUUUGGUUAAAGAUCUUGGGAUAUAUAGCCCUGCAGAAUCAAGAACCAGCAAGAAUCUUUCUUGCAACCAUAAAUUAUGUGCUUCUGGUCCCAACUGCGAAAAUCCAAAUGAGCCAUGCCCUUACACCAUUGAUUACUAUUCAGAGAACACAGCCAGUUCGGGGGUGCUGGUUAAAGAUAAACUGUAUUUGGCCACUGCUACAGACAAAACGGCAGUCCAGGCAGAAGUGAUCAUAGGUUGUGGUAGGAAUCAAAGUGGUGGAUAUUUGGAUGGCAUAGCUCCUGAUGGUCUUCUUGGAUUGGGGUUAGGAGAGAUAUCUCUCCCUAGCAUCCUUGCAAAGGCUGGAUUAGUGUGCAAUUCGUUUUCAAUGUGCUUUAGAGAAGAUGAUUCUGGGAGAAUUCUAUUUGGAGACCAAGGGGUUGCCAAACAAAAGUCAACUCCAUUUGUUCCUUUGAGUGGAAAAUAUGUCACAUACAUUGUUGAGGUGGAGAGCUUUUGCAUUGGUGCUCACUGUCUUGGAAAGAGUGGUUUUCAAGCAUUAGUCGACAGUGGAUCAUCAUUCACAUUUCUUCCUUCUGAUGUUUAUAAGAGUGUUAGUCAGGAGUUUGACAAACAAGUUAAGGCCCCAAGACUUGAGCAGGAUGCACCUCCUUGGGAGUACUGUUACAAAGCCAGCCUACUGGAGAUGCCUAAGGUACCAUCUGUGAUACUGUCGUUUGCCGCCAACAAGAGCUUUGAAGUCACCUACCCGCUUUUCCCGCUAUAUAGUAAGGAGGGAGGGCUUGUGGCAGUGUGUUUAGCUGUGCAGUCAUCUGGGGAAACUCUGGGAACCAUUGGGCAGAAUUUCAUGAAGGGAUACAAAAUGGUCUUUGACAGAGAAAAUUUAAAACUAGGAUGGUCACAUUCUGAUUGCAAUGAUCUUAACAACAGCAGGACUGUACCGCUAACUCCCCCAGCAGGGUCACACAACCGGCCUGAGAAUCCCUUGCCAUCUGAUCAGCAGUUGGCUUCACCCAAUGGUACAGCCGUUUCACCAGCUGUUGCUGUCCGGGCUCCUACCAAUAACUCAGCUGCUACAUCCAACUCUCUUUCGCCCUGCCUUCUCUUGUUGUUGCUUGUAAUAACUGGGGUUUCCAUCUUUUCUAUCGGUUGAAAGUCUCUGAUAAACUAGUCUCUCAGCAAUAAUGUAAAUCUCAGUGUUUUAAUCUAAAGGGUUUCCUUUAAAUGGGUUUGUUUGUGC